UUUAAUAGUAUGUAUUUCACUGUAAGAUAAUAUAUCCUGUUUAAUACUUUUCUUUACAUCCGGAGAACUAGAAUGAUGCACUGCAACUGGAGAGGUUGUAAGGAUUGGUCAGACUUAAAUAUCCCAUUGACAACUACUAGCGAUGAAGCCAGCAAACAGUUCGAUGCUGUUUUAACUCAGUAUGUCGGAUGGUACGAAGAAGACUCAGUUGGCGGUAUCGAUAAUAGUAUUAAUAAAAUGAUUGAGGGAGACCCAGAUUUUGUUUUAGGUCAUGUAAUGAAGAACGGAUUAGAAUUAUCUAGCCUGUGUAAAAACAUCUACGCUAAUGAAGAAUUUAGAGAAAAUAUAAAAUGCAUGGUUGACAAAGCUACAAAACAACAUAUAACCACAAGAGAGAAGAACCAUGUUUCAGCAGUAAAGCUCUGGGCAGAAGGUGAACUGACAAAAGCCUGUGAAGUAUGGGAAGACAUAUUAAUGGAGCAUCCCACAGAUAUGCUGGCUGUAAAGUUUGCUCAUGAUUGUUAUUACUGUUUAUCACAUCAUCAUCAAAUGAGAGAUUCCAUCGCACGUAUUCUUCCAUUCUGGAACCGAUCUAUGCCUCUUUAUGGAUACCUAUUAGGAAUGCAUGCAUUUGGACUUGAGGAAACGUGUUUGUAUUAUGAAGCCAAGAAACAAGCCGAAAGGGCGCUGGAAAUAAACAGACAUGAUGCCUGGGCUACUCAUGCUAUGGCCCAUGUGUACGAGAUGACAGGACAAUAUGAUGAAGGAAUUAAAUUUAUGUCCAACACAGAAAAUGAUUGGAAGGUUUGUGGAAUGACUUCAUGUCACAAUUAUUGGCACUAUGGUCUUUUCUACAUAGAAAAGGGAGAAUUUGAUGAAGCACUUGGACUCUUUGAAAAAGAGAUUGGAAGGAGGGCGUUCAAAUCAAAAUCAACCUCGGAGAUUGCUAAUUCCGUAUCAUACUUAUACAGACUAAGACUUGAAGGUGUACCUGUAGGUGAGAAGUUCAAAGACUUCAAUUCACUUUGUACUUUUCAUUACGACGAUCAUGCACUUGGAUUUCUUGAUACCUGUUAUAUGAUGGCAUGUCUUGGGGCGAACGACAGAGAUUCAGCGAAAAGGCUUACUAAUUCUAUUAGAGAAUUUUUAAGUGAAGGUAAAGGCAAUACAUAUGACAGUAUGAAAUCUGUUGGUUCAGAUUUAUGUGAAGCACUCAUCGCAUUUGAAGAUGGACAGUUCGACACAGCUGUGGAUAUCAUUUAUCCUAAACGAUAUCAGAUCAUCAACUUAGGUGGUAGUAAUGCUCAGAGAGAUGUGAUGAAUUUGUUUUUAAUUCACGCUGCAUUAAAAUCGGAAGAAAAGAGACACAUUGAUUUAGCUAAAAUGCUGAUAUAUGAAAGGAAAAGCCUCAAAGAGAAUUCUCCACUUACCGAUCGAUUAAUUGCAAAACUUGUAACAGUUUAAACGGAUAAGAACUAAUACAACAGAAUUGGACAAAUGAGUUUAUCUACAGUUUCCUCUAUUGGCAGGGCAUAUUGCUGAUAAAAAUCAAAGUUUCAUGGCAAACGCAUAAGACGCAAUCAACGCAACAUAACAUUUGAUGAUCUCUAAUGAUUAUUCAUAAACAAUGGUUGACAUCAAUUAUUAUGCAAACUAGUUCAAAUGUGAAUUUGUAGUUAACAUUACAUAAAUAUCGAGUAUGAUACAAAA